AUGGUGCUCCCAUGGCGCUUUCGUUGUUUGCUCUUUGUGGUUCCAUUGGUCGAAGCGGCUCGGCCCGUGGUGGUGCAGAAGGAGUGUCCAGAACGGUCGCGGCCAAGCAAGAACAGCAAGGGCUGCGAGUGUUGGGGCGGAUAUGUUUGCAACGACAACUGCAGAGCGCCUGGACUCCGCUUCGUGGGCUUCAAAGGUGAGGAGCCAGAGGGAUGCGAGUGCAUGCAUGCAGACGACUUCGCUCUCCUAGGGAAGUUCCCAGUGCAGGUCGCGGCGAUUCACUUUUGUGAAUCUGCAGUCCGAGAGGCGCGGCACUUUUACUUUGAGGGGGAGGGGAUGAUCGAAGAUUGGGAGCAGGACCACCGCUUUGGAGCCAUUGAGCUCUGUCAGGGGCUGGUGGCGAAUGCUUCAAAGCAGGUGGAUCCGAUGAAUCCAUGGCAGUCUGAGGCCCAAAGGUCCCGGAAAGGCCCUGACGGCUUUGGCCGCUUGGAGCGAGUGGAGAAAAAGGCCCGUCCCGAAGAUCGAGAGGUUUGGGAAGAGGCCUUGAAGCACGUCUGUCAUGAUGAGUGCGUGGAACUCGUGAAUGAGACGAUGGAGGAGAUGAAGGAAAUGGCAGAGGAUGACGUGCCCAAGGGCAUUUCGCCCACUCGUUCCUGUGCCACCCGAGUUGUGCAGAAGGUGGAGGCUGAGACCUUUACGUGCUGUGCAAGGACCUGCGGCUGGAACAAUGCAACCUGCCUCUCCUGGCCAUUUCUCACCAACACCCAGCAGAUUGAAUGGCAGGCCGAGUGCUGUUCCGAAUGGAAUGUCCUCAAGGGUUCCUCUCGCGAGAGGCUGUGCAAUUCAGUGAUGUCUCCAACAGAUGAGGCAAAGGUCUCCCAGAAUGAUUUGCCCGAGCCUCCCAAUAUUGAUACCAGUGCAGUUGUCAUCGGACAGGACGCCAACCUUGUUUGGACCGAGAAGGGCUUGAAAUCCGAUCUGGCCAAAGCGUAUGAGUCCAUGGACCCACCCCCUGAGGUCGGCAAGCCAGUGCAGAUGAUCCUCACAAACCAGCACAAGCACAACCUUCGAAAGGAGGGCUUGACUGAAGGAUGGUUCAAGGAGGUGCGGCUGCAUGACAGGGCAGAGCGAAGUGACACAUCUCUUCUGGAGAUGUCUGAGGGCUCAUGCGAUGCUCCUGCGGACAUGGACAAGUGCACCCCCACCUUCAAAGGUUGGUAUCAUGAGAAAUGCACUCGGCAAAGUGGUUGGCAAUAUAGCAGCAUGCGGGCUAACGGACUGCGGUGCGAGUUCUCAAAGGAGGAACCCGCAGAGACCCCAUUGAAGUGCAAUGAGAUGUUUGCCAACGAAAAGAAGCUGGCUCGCUACUUCGAGUUUGACAUCAGCACUAAAAGGCUCCGGGUUGGAGAGGAUCUCUUCAAAGUGUUAGAGUCGGGAGGGACGGCGGUGUGUCUUCGACUGGUCGUCGUGCCUGGUCUCGGUGCCCUGAAGCUUCAGGUGUGUUGGGGGGCUAGCAACGCCCGGGGCGGCACAGGGUUGAACUGGAUACAGCUGGCCACAUCAGUAUUGGAAUAUUUCCUCAUCAUGAUGAACAUCAUCGAGCAUGACAUAGGGGUUUAUGUACAACUGGCCCUUACGGUGUGCAUUUGUAUACGGUUCCGUUGCCGAUGGGCUGUCUCCGUGCCUCCAGUUUUGGAAG